AUGUCGUCCUUGUACACCAGGAGCAAGGAAUACACUCGCAGCAGGAAGGCUCAGCCAGAUUCUCCCCCGUCCUCUCCCUCCCCGAUUGCAAAGACGCUCAGACAUGAAAGACUUUCCAGGUUGGAAGCAGCUACGAACCCUAGCGCCAGUGACUCCUACAGCGAUCGCGCCUCCAGCCGCUCCAGUGCCUACACCCGGAGAGAGAACCGGUUGGCCGCCCUCAGCAGCAGAGCAGAAGAGGAGAGUAACAGGGACUAUAAAAAGUUAUACGAAAGCGCCCUGUCUGAAAAUCAAAAGUUGAAGACAAAACUGCAAGAAGCCCAGCUGGAGUUGGCCGACAUCAAAUCAAAGUUGGAAAAAGCAACCCAGCAGAAACAAGAGAAAACUUCUGACCGGUCCAGCAUGCUGGAGAUGGAGAAAAGGGAGAAGCGAGCCCUGGAGCGGAAACUCUCGGAAAUGGAAGAGGAGAUGAAGAUUUUGACAGAGCUGAAGUCGGACAACCAAAGGCUGAAGGACGAGAACGGAGCCCUCAUUCGUGUCAUCAGCAAGCUCUCCAAAUAGGAAGCCUGAGCAGAGGCCGAACAGAGAGGGGUGCCCUGCGCGAGCUGCCAACCCCGCCACCAAGCCCUGCCACCCCCUUUCCUCCUGUCAGAAGUACAGCAAACAUUUCAGCCGUGGGAUCAACGUCACGCCAGCCUUGCCCUGCCCUUUGCUGUACCUUCCCUUCCACCCUU